AUGGAUGCUUACCCGCGUCCUAGCUCCUCCCGGGCGUUAGCAACGACGGCAGCGCCGCCACCGCAGCCUGCUGAAGAGCCGCGCUACUUGCUGCGGCCCAAGCCAGACACGCUCAAGCUGCGGAAACGGGCGGACUACCACACAGAGUCUAGGGAGUUCACCUACGGCAUGAUGUGCAGGGACCAGCUGCUGCGGGGCGACAUCACCCUCAACAUGCCACAGCAGCAGGUGGAGUACCGCAAGCGGCUGCCGCUGGCGGGCGGCGCCGUACUGGCGCUCAACGCAAGCUGCCGCCUGGAGGGCCAGCGGCUGCGGCCCGAUGCGGGUCUGACCGUCGAGUUUGGGACGCACAGCGGGCCGCGCGGCGACGGUGGCGCCGUGUACGUGGCAGACGCGGGCGGCGGCGGCAGCUUCGAUGUGCACCACAGGUUCAAGGUGGCGCGGGGGCUGGCGCUGGAGGUGUGCGGCAACGUGCGGCUGCCCAGCCCGGCGGCGCGCUACUCUCCCGAGUCGGGGCAGCUGGUGCUGGGGGAGGGCGGCUUCCACCUGCACGUGGCGCAGGUCAACGCCGUGGUGCACGUGUGA